GUUUUGACGCCAUUCAUGUAACUCCUGACCCGCGUUUUUUUCUGAGAUCAUUCCUCACCAGUCAAAGAGAGGAAGAGAGAGAGAGAGGGAGACACCUUCCUAAACGCGCUUCAAACCAACCAACAGACCAUAUCUUUGCGAUAUUGACCAAACAACAAUUAUCGGCAACUGGUUUUUAAUGACAUGUCAUCGUUCCCUCCUCUUCAUUCAACACGCUUUAUCGAUUGCAUUCCGUCGGGUUUGACGUGACAUCUAUCGCUGGAUCUUCGGGGGAUAUUCCAGCGGCAUGCCUGGUGCCGUACCAACCGUGUCCGGUCUUUUCUGUUUCGUUUAAUUGAAUGGAAGUCUUGUUUCGAAUCGACAGUCAAUCAACCAACCAACAAACGCAACAAUUACAUUCCGCGAUAAUCACUGAUGCUACGAAACUAUAUUUACGUUGUUCCUCCCUCCUGUUCUCCGGGCUAAAAUAACUCAUUAAGCGUAAUGCAGGUUUUAGGAAUUAAUAUACUUGGGAUAUUACUUCACGUUGCGGCGUUGGCAAACUCACAAAAUGUUGCAGACGGUGGUAAAGUUGGAAAUGAACUCAUAAACCUUGAUAAUCAGUACAAUUAUGGAGAAAACCUCCACUUACAAGAAAAUCAUGCAAGAAGAAAGAGGACAAUGGCCGAUGAGCCGCCAUUUUUACAAAACACUCCAUCUCACGCAUCGUCGCCGUUAGCAUUCCUGACGUCGUCGUCAACGUCAUCGUCGUCGAAAUCAAAUUCUCCGUCGUCGACGACCACGAACAGUAGAAAUCCCGCUUUUAGUGAGGUAUUGGCGCAGUUUUUUGAGAGUUCACGAGACGGGGAUGGUUCCCCGCCAGUAAGAGUGCCGCCGGAGCGGUUAGCUCUUUCAUCGUCAUCGUUGUCGCUGUCAUCGUCGAUUCCGUCGGUACCGUCAUCGAUAUCACGAGUAGCUUGCGGCUACUGUGUUCGGAGACCGCGGCAGGAAACAAUCGGCUACGAUACCAAUGGCAAUGAAAUUAAUCUCGAUGUCGGCACCUGUCGGAAAAGAAUUCGAAAGAAAUUUCGGAGCCUUGAUUCGUCACGGCAUCGGUGUUCCACGUGUGGUCAGUCAUUCAUGUGCGUCCCAAGCAGUAGCCGCUUGGAGAGGCUUCAUCUACCGACUGGUAGCAGCGAGCACCGGGUCAUUGAUGACUGCACAUGUCGAGAGCGAAGUCCGCCUCGAUGCGUGAGGCGACCGCAUGUCGUCGUCUUCUCGCCGAAUUCACGCUACGAAACGGCCAUCGACGUAGGGACUUGUGAAGGCACAUGUCUGGGAGAUGCUGAUAGUCUUGGCUGCAGACCUGUCACCAACAAGACUGUGGCAUUACGAGAUCCGAAUGGCGCCCGCACCGUCCAGACGAUACAAGAUUGUGCCUGUACAUCCGGGUGUUUUCGAGUAACCCACAUGGAAUCCAUCUAUACCCUAAAUACAACAGGCAAUCAAACACAAGUUGUCUCCGUGGAUCUGGAUGUUGGAAAAUGUGUUGGGAAGUGUCCUCCGUCGGAGCAUUGCGUCAUACCGGGUGAAAAUGGAACGUGUAAAAUGGCUCUUACGGUCCCAUCGACAUCCUGCCAUGCCAAAACACGUCAGAAACACUCCUUCACUCUCCCCGAUGGGCGCAAACGUAAUAUCUACUCCAUCAUCGACUGCGCAUGCCCCCCAUCCACCAGGACAUAGCUAGCCAAUCAGAAUGCUUGCUUGUCGAUUGCUUGCCGAGGAUUGGCGAAUCAAAGCGGGUGCUGAUGAUCCGUACUCCACCCCCACCCCUUCUUCGCUCAAACCUGACGACGUUUUCACUUCUACGCGCGUGCGACCGAUUGGUUGUGCACCAUUUCAGUCAAGAUGUGACUAAAGUUGCUGAUUGCUCGGACUUCUUUUGACAAAUCCAAGAGGUCGUUGGGGUGGCGCCGAUUAAUCAAACGUUAUGGAAGCAAAAUAUCUUACGUUUGUUCUCCUAAUUAACUAAAAUGACAAAUAAAUUAUAGAUAUUUUCGUUUUGUUCGCUAAUUCUAGGCUCCAGGGCGAUUGCGAAAAUAAUUCGAGCAACGAAGAUUUUGUUCGGGGGGGGGGUCAGUUGUGUCCCCCCAUCUUUACUAGACGUUAGCGUGACGUCAUUAUCUAUACCCGUGUGCCUCUAUGAGGAGGACAUCUUCCCAUUUUAGUUUAUCACUUGCAUAGAAGUGGUAUCCACCUCUAUGAGCAAUUCCUCUCUCUAAUUCGUGGUAUUGUGGUUAAGUGCGCCCUCUUAAGGUGACCAACAAUAUAAAUGAAAAGGAUUGGUGGAGCGCUGCAGCUCAUAUAUCUCAAUGGUGGAGCUGUAGAAACCCAUUCACAGGGUCUAUAGUCUUUGUUCAAAUAUGUGCUUGCCUGACAAAAAGGUUGAAAAUAUUGUCCGUUGUUUCAAAGAACACCACAUGUGUGCUAAUGCUAAAUAAAGUACAUUGAAUGUUUACAAACUCCAAAUUUUCACCGAAGUUUCAAGGACUGAACCACCAUGUUUACAAAACUUUUAAAAGUUACAGGUACACACUGCCAAGUCGCUUUUCAAGAACUAUGAAACAUCAGGAAUACGUGUUGCUUGAAAAGGGUUUUUAUUUGGAAAUUAACUAAUUGUGUCAGGCAACACGUCUCAGCUAAUUUAUGCGAAUUCAUUCAUGAUUAUCUUGGAAUUCACAGUUUACUUUUCUGUCUCUGUUUACGGUAACUCCCGUAGGAACUCGGCAGGACAGCGUUUUGCUGGUAAACGCCAAGCUGGUAUAUAACCAAUUACCU